AUGGAUUUAGACACGGAUGUAGACACGGAUGUAGACAGCGCCUCGGAUUCAGGAAGCUCAACAUGUUUAGACAUGCUAAUAAAUCCCCAAGAUACGGUGGAUGACAAGGUCAGCAUGAAUCUCCUUGCCCAAACAAUCACUACACAGGUUGGGUUGUGGGAGAAAUAUCACAAAGAGGUGGGCGCUCCACUCACGCCCUUCGAUUUCGACCAAUAUCACCCAGUUCUGUUACCUCCAAUGCCGCUCCAUGUUCUUGAUGCCAGAGAGAAGAUAUUGGAUUCGGCAUCCAAACUACUUGACCUGGUAGCCGGACCAUCCAAGAUGAUUUCAAUCGCAUUGUCGCAGGUCCAGUUUGUAUCGGCUCUUCAGUGGCUCCUCCAUUUCAAAAUAUUUGAUCUCGUUCCGGAAUGCGACCCGGUGUCAUACGAAGACUUGGCGAAAGAAGCUAAUGUUCCAGCUUCUGAGCUCAAGCGGAUGUUGCGAAUGGUUAUGGUGCAUCAUAUUUUCAGGGACUAUAAAGGGAAAUGUUGUCAUAAUUAUUUUUCAACAGUUCUUGCUAAAGAUGAAGAUUUUCUGCACGGCCUUCCUUUUUUCUGCAAUACAGUUAUGCCAGCUUCAGCAAAGAUAGUGGACACAACAAACAAAUGGCAGGGCUCAAAAGAGGAAAACGAGAAACCCUUUCUCGUCUUUGGCACUACCAAAGAACAAUUUUUAAGCCAGCUUGAUGAGACGAAUGGGUAUGCUCAUUUAACGGGCCUACUCGGUACUAGCCGCAGCCUGACUUAUUCGACGGAUGUGGUUCAUGGUGUAAUUAACUGGUCUUAUUUAAGGAAGGGUCUCUUGUUGUGGAUCUCGGCUCAUGUAGCCCCUGUUGCUGGGAGUUGGCUGAGCGAUUCCCUCACCUCCAGUUUGAAGUUCAUGGUCCUCAAGACAAGGUCAAAUUGA